AUGUCCCUCGUAACCCUCCUCACUCGUCGACUCGCGCCUCGAUCGUCUCCAGUUCCCUUCCGUUGCCGUUACCACAUGAGUCAACUCGCGUCCUCCUCACCCAGCGCUUCAGCUGUCCACGCGCAGCUCGCGUCUCUCCAGGGGCAGAACUUCUUGUCCACAAUGGACCUCAACACGGCGCAGCUCACGGGGCUCCUCUCCAAAGCACAGGAGCUCAAACGCACGUGUUCGGGUCCUGACAAAGCAUCGGCUCCUAAGCCCCUUACGGGCGAGAGCUGCUCGAUGCUCUUCCAGAAACGCAGCACCCGCACGCGGCUGUCCAGUGAAACGGGCAUGUACUUACUAGGAGGCAAAGGCAUCUUCCUCUCGUCCGAAGACAUUCAAUUGGGUGUGAACGAGACGCUCAAGGACACGGCGCACGUGCUCUCGCGCUUCAACAGUCUCAUCCUGGCACGGGUAUACGCCCACAAGGACAUUCACGAGCUCGCCCAAUUGGCUUCCGUGCCGGUGAUCAAUGCCCUCUCGGACAAGUUCCAUCCGCUGCAGAUGCUGGCAGAUUAUCUCACGGUUCACGAGCACUUUGGUAAGAUUGAAGGACUCACGUUUGCCUGGGUGGGCGACGGGAACAACGUCCUGCAUGACUAUAUGCUGGCAGCUCCGAAACUUGGAGCGAAUAUCCAGAUUGCUACGCCGAAAGGCUAUGAACCGGAUCAGGAUGUCGUGGAUGAGACGAAACGACUGGCGGCACUUGCUGGUACGACGGUUGUCAUGACGACGGACCCGGUGGAGGCCGUGAAAGGUGCGAAUGUCGUGGCCACGGAUACGUGGAUCAGUAUGGGUCAAGAAGAGGAGGCGAAGAAGCGCCUUGCGGCGUUUGCAGGGUAUCAGAUCACGAACAAGAUGCUGGAGCACGCGGCGACGGACCAUGUGUUUUUGCACUGUCUGCCUCGUCACCAAGACGAAGUGGAUGAUGAGGUGUUUUACGGACCUCGCUCGCUGGUGUUUGACGAGGCGGAGAACCGACUGUGGACGGUCAUGGCGGUUUUUUCGUCGCUGCUGGGCAAGUUUUAG